GUAAUAGAAAUUAAUUAACCUGAAAAAAGAAAUACAAAAGGAAAAAAAUGAUGUAUAUACAAAUUCACUAUAAUUAUGAAUUAUGAUGAAAUUUCUAUAAUUAAUAAUUAAAAUUAAAUUAUUGUAUAUACACCUUAAAAUUUCCCCACAUACUCUAAAAAAUACAAUAAGCCUAGUUUGGCAAGAAAUCUUGUUAUUAAACAUUCCAAAGCUGCCAUGAUUAUUUUAUAUAGGAGUUAUAAUGGGAAUGAGAAAAUCAUACAUACGGUCUAAUAUAUAUGGUAAGAAUCCAAUACACUAGGUCUCCAUAAUAUGGAUGAAAAUUAUUACUUAUCUUUGAAUAAUUAUAACAUACAUAUAUAUAUAUAUAUAUUGAAAUAGAGUUGCGAAUUGCUACAGUACAGUAAUGAAUUGUGGACAGAAUUCUCUUAAAUUAUUCUCUUUGAAGAUACAGAAUUAAAAAGAUGAGCAAAAAUACUGAAAAAUAGAAGUCAAAAUUCUUGGUAUAUAUGAGACUUCACAACUGAAAAUGAAAUUAUAAGUCUUGACAGCCUACAACAAAAAUAAAUGAAAAUAUUUCUUCAUAAAAUAUCCUUUUCUUAGCUCUUCAUAAAAUAAUUCAAAAUAUUUUAUGAAAUAUUAAAAAAAAUUGAAAAUUAGAUUAAAAUCACUGCAAAACAACAUCCAAGAUCUGUCUUUGGUGAGAUUGAAUUUUCAAGAAAAAAAGGCUAAUUAUAAAAACUAAUGAUUACAUCAUUAAGAUGAUAUAUGACGUUAUUUAUGCCCAGGUGGACGGCCAGGAUAUAUGAUGAGUAUAAUUUUUCCUCAAUAAAAAUAUUAUACUCAUCCCAUUUACAUAUAUUUGAAAAAAUAUUAAAUUCAAAUGCGAAAAUAUAUAUAAUAGCAGGAGAAUGAGGCUACUAUAAUCUUUUCUGGAUCUCCUAUUUAUUGCUCCAUUCAGCAUUCUAUUUUAUGGCGUGAAACUUGAGGUUUUAGCAUCUCUCCUCACUCUCUCUCUCUCUCUCUCUCUCUCUCUCUCUCUCUCUCUGCCUUCUAAGAUUUCCAUAUAUAAAAGAGAUAGAAGGUGAUGAUAAAGACUCUAUAGAUGAAAUUGAAUCUUGAUAUAUAUCACACUCAAAGAUAUCAGUGUUGAGAGAUUAUGGGUAAAGGAAGAGCACCCUGUUGUGAUAAGAGUCAAGUAAAGAAGGGUCCGUGGAGUCCUGCAGAGGAUUUGAGGCUCGUCACUUUCAUUCAGAAGCAUGGACAUGAAAACUGGAGGGCUCUUCCUAAACAAGCAGGGUUGUUAAGAUGUGGGAAAAGUUGUCGUUUGAGAUGGAUUAAUUACCUAAGACCUGACGUAAAGAGAGGGAACUUCACCAAAGAGGAAGAGGAAGCCAUAAUAAAACUGCACCAAACGUUAGGGAACAAGUGGUCUAAAAUUGCAUCCCAUUUUCCGGGCAGAACAGAUAAUGAGAUCAAGAACGUCUGGAACACUCACUUGAAGAAAAGAUUGGCAUUUAAAGUCCCACAUUCAAGCGGGGGCGAAUUAAAGGAAUCAUCCUCUAUCUCCUCUUCUUCGUCCAGCACAAUCAUGUCAGGUGGGAAAAGAAAUAUGGCAAUAGAACUUGAUGAUCAAUGGAAACAUGUCUCCGUGACCAAGAGGACUCGUGUUUUGGAAGAUAUACAGGAUUUGCAUAUGGAAGUAACUCGAGAUGAAUUUAGAACAACUAAUAAGGAAGCCCAAGAAUUGCCAAGUUCCUCUUCUUCUUCCUCUUCCGAUAAUUCCAAUGUCACAAACUAUAGUCAAGUUGAUGUUUCUUUGCCAGAUGAUCAAAUGGGUUCGCUUGUCAACUUUUCAGGAGCUUACGUUCGUAAUACAUUAGAGGAGGUGAGCAAACCAGAGAUCCAAGACAUUGCAGCAGUUGAGAUUCCUUCCGAGUCAGAUUUAGAUUUUUGGAACAUGUUAGAUGGAUUAUAUUCGUUGCAAACUAAUGAGGAAGUCCAAUUACAUAAUGUUGAGACAAACAAAAACUCAAGUCUUGGAGUUGAAUAUAAUGGGGAAGUCGAAAAUAGGAAGUGGCUGCGUUACUUGGAAAAUGAACUUGGCCUGGAGCCAGCCAGGGAUGGAAAGCAGCAAAAUUUACCAGAAGAUGCAGCUGAAUCAUUUUUAGUCCCUGAAAAUUACCAGUUUGAGAUACCCAUGAAGCCGGAAGUCAACUCCGGGAUGGAAUAUUAUCAUUUGUGGCCUUCUUUAUGAAACAAAUUCACUAUAAAAAAAAAAAAAAGUAAAGCUACUAGUUUAUAGAAAGUAUAUGGUAAUUAACUGACUUAAUUUCUUAGUUACAUUUUUAGUGGUUAUUAAUUUUAACCUUAUAAUCAAGUAUAUGUAUGUUACUUUGAUGUAUAAAUGAUGAGAAGUUAAACAUUUUACCUUUUAAUUGUGCUUGA